AUGCACAGCCUACUGUUCUGUUGGCUGAUACAACUUGUACUGUCACUGUCGACUCUAUUGGCUCAAUUUAAUCCAUACUUUGAGGACGGCAGUAGCGGUGCCAUAGUGCAACUUUUCGAAAGGACCUUCGAGGACAUCGAGACAGAGUGCGCCCUCUAUCUGGGCCCGAAGGGGUUCGGUGCGGUGCAGGUGUCUCCUGUGAACGAAGUUCGCGUCAUGCCAAACCGCUCCUGGCGCGAACGGUACGAGCCCAUUUCGUACAAAAUAGCGGGUCGUUCGGGUGAUGAAUCACAGCUCCGUUCGAUGGUGCGGGCUUGUAACGAUGCUGGUGUUCGGGUUUACGUGGAAGUGGUGCUAAAUCAUAUGGCUGGAGGAAGCGGAUCGGUGAAGGGUACCGGGGGAUCAGUAGCGAAUCCUGGUUAUCGGGAGUAUCCAGAAGUACCUUAUGGUGCAGGGGAUUUCAACGAAGCUUGUACGAUUUUGGACGAAAGUGAUCCACACGAGGUGCGAAAUUGCCUGUUGGACGAUUUACCUGAUUUGAAUCAGGGUUUGGCGAGAGUUAGACAGAGGAUGAUUGAUUUUCUAAACAAGUUGAUCCGGAUAGGGGUAACAGGAUUCUACAUUCAUGCUGCGAAGAAUAUUUGGCCACAUGAUUUGAGGGCAAUUUAUACGAAUCUGGAGAAUUUGACUACUACGGGAAUUUCCCCCGGGAGCCGACCGUUCAUUUACCACGAUAUUGCAGAUUUCGAUGAGGGAGGCUCACGGAAGAACGAAUACACCUUAAUGGGCAUGGCAACAGAGUAUCGCUUCGCAUAUGAUAUCGCAGAUGUCAUGUUCAAGCGAAGGCCUUUCCAUUACAUGGUCAAUCUCGGUACAAGGCUUGGCUAUAUACCGAGGGAGCGAUCGAUUGUAUUUCUAGAUUCCCCCGCUUUACAAAGGGUUCCUGAUUUGGAUGAAGCACCGGCAAUAGUCACUUUUAAAAAUCAACGCCUUUAUAAAAUUGCCAUGAUUUUUAUGUUGGCGCAUCGUUAUGGAACUCCGAGAAUCAUGAGCUCCUUUCUGUUUUUGGACAUUGACGAUGGACCUCCAAGCGAUGGACGUGGAAAGAUCACCAAAAUCGCAUUGGAUGAUAAAGAUCAGUGCACUGGUGGGUGGAUUUGCGAGCAUCGAUGGAGCGUAGUGCAGCAGAUGAUGAGGUUUAGAAAGGAAGUAUCCGGGCAGGCUGUGAUCAACUGGGUAGACAACGGACAAAACCAGGUUGCUUUUUGCCGAGGAAAAGUUGGAUUCGUUGCAUUCAAUGCGGAAAUUUCGCUUGCUUUGAAAGCGAAUCUGUUUACCUGCCUCGCACCGGGAAUGUAUUGUGAUAUUAUUAGUGGAAAAGCAGAAGACGGGGCCUGUACGGGAACGGCAGUGCUAGUAGAUGACGAUGGAAGAGCAGAUAUUUACGUUGGGAGUACGGUUGAAGAACCGUUUGUUGUACUGUUGGCAAGUGAAAAGGCUUAG